UAAAAUGACUGCUCCUCCCCUCUCUUUAUUUAAUUCCAAAGGUCCCGACUGAGGCACUGUUUAAAAAUGUGAGUCCUUCAUUAAAAUACACUAAAAUUAUUUCCAGCCUCUGACCUGAACACUUAUAAAAUCUGAGAAGAAUGACUGCCACAAUGAAAUAUUUGUCCGUGGCUGUGCUCCUAUGUGGCUUACUCUCUUUGUCAGACGCCCAGUGCUUCGCUAAGUCCAUGAAACCAGGCAUGACACACUGUCAGGACGAGGAGGAUGGCACAUGGCAUGAAGUGGGAUCUACAUGGAGAGAUAGUCAUUGUAAUGAAUGUUCUUGUAGUGGAUGCUGUUCUGUGUACUCCACCCCCAGGCAUUUCCCCAGCGACUGUGUGUCAGUGUUUGACUCAGAGGCAUGUGUAUACAGAGUGCACAAGAAGGACGACCCAACAGUGCAAUGUCCAAUCUAUGCUGAAGUGGGGAAGUGAUGCAGUCACUGGUUUGGGUUGAUUCAAGGACCGAAGUAUUUUAUUUUUGUUGUUGUUGUUGGGGGAGGGACAAACACUGACAGUUUUGUUGGAAGGAAGCCCAGCUGUCCGAAAUUGAAAAUAAAAAUACUUCUACAAAUUAAAUCUCAAAUGAAUGAAUAAAAAAUUAUACAUGUA